AUGCACGAUCUCAUCUUAUGCAUGUAUGUUGUACAUAUUGUGAGUUGUUCAUUGAAGCUUAGAUAUGCUGCCUACAAGAUGGCGUCUGGCAUACAGGCGUGUGCUCGAUGCUCAGAUAAUUUCAUUGUGAACACCAAGAAUAUUUCUUGCGAUUUUUGCAAAAAGUUGUUUCAUCAUCAUUGUGCUGAGGUCGACGACAAAUUAGCUAAAGUUAAGCGUGAUUGUGCGGGAAUCAAAUGGUUCUGCAGCGGUUGUCUUCCAAUGAUAAAUGGCAAGCUGAAAAUGGCAGAUUUUGGGGAAGCAGUAUUUAAUCGAAUACCUGAAAAGUCUGAAGUUAAAAUGGUAUCUGGUUCACGGGCGUCAAGGAGCAGUGCUAGUGUGCCCGAAAGUGAUUUAGCUGUAUUGGAAAAAGAGAUUGAGUGCCUGGUAAGAGAAAAAAAUUUGAUCGAUAAAAUCGCAAACGAGAGAGGUUAUAUUGUGGAAAUUCAGAAAAAACUCAUAAGUGACCUUGAAGAUAAAUUCCGAAGUCAGCCAGUGGGCAACAGCAGCAAAAACAAAGAUUGUGUUUCGUACAGUGCUAUCGUGAAAAAAAUGGACCAUUCAUAUUUGUUGAUUAAGCCUGCAGAUCGUUCUACUUCGUACAAAACUGUUGAAAAUGAUUUUAAAUCUCGUUAUUCGCCUGGUGCUCUUAAUGUCAAUAUCAACAAGACUAAACUCACCAAAAAUGGUCUGAUGAUCAGCUGUAAUAGUAAAAAAGAUGUGGAGACUCUAAAAGAUUCUCUAAAAUCUGAUUUAGGAAAUAAGUUCGAUGUUUGUGAGCCUACCAAAAUGUUUCCUAACGACUGUUUCAAAAAUCCUGGUCCAGAUAAACUUGAAUUUGUUGAUAGUUUUGUUGACGAUUUAAUAUUCAAUAACAAUUUAGGUGUUAAUUCAGAUGAUAUAAAAAUAAUUAGUUGCUAUAAGGUUAAAAAUACAAAAAAUGUUGUUAUCGAGGUGGUUCCUUCUGUGUUUAAUUUACUUAGUAGCAAAGGGGGGGCCCGUGUCGCGGUCGGCGAGACGACGGUGACGUCGGCAGCCGCGGCCGGAGCCGUGCUGGAAGGCUCGCUGCUGGCGCCACGGCCUGAGGGCUGCCCGACGCCCUACCAUGAAAACGAUUUUAGUCCGGUACAUAGAGGAUAUCAGAAUAGAGAAACUACUUGCGUAACUAACAGCUACCGCGAAAGCUCCACUUGCGCGUUAGCUGUACUUCCCUGUGUAAACCUGUUGCUUACAGACAACUACUACUCGUAA